AUGAGCGGAUUAGAGGUUUUCGGCGCGGCAGCAGCCAUUCCCACCAUUGUUAAACAGCUAUUCCAAUUUAUCAGCUCAACAAACAAAGCACUAAAAGGUAUCAGAAAUGCCGUUGAGAAAUAUGAUGAAUUGACCCAGGACCUUAUCAGUAUAUCAAAGGUCAUUGACUGUGCCGGCAAAACAAUCACACGCCUAGUCGAAGAGAACGGGGCGGCAAGUCCGUCGGGAGAGCUCAAUUUUGAGCCUUUGAUCCAACAGAUGGAGCGGGAUAUCGGAGCUGCGCAAAGAAAGCUCGAGAGUCUCGAACCCGGAUCCAGCUUGAAGGAUCGAGCGAACUUCGUCAUGAAGUGUAGGGUUGAGAUUGAAGCUGUUAUAGUCAAAGUUAGCCAGACAGGAAUGUUUCUUAACAUCACUCUCGUCAACUUAUUGAUGCAAGCCAUUGUUGAAGAAUCAACCAGCAACUCUUUGAAGCAGUCGUUAAUAAAUUCAGGCAUCCAAACAAGUUUGGAUGAGACUCUUGAGGCUGUUAAAGAUGCUGUCAGAGAUGUUUUGAACAGAUCUACUGAACCGGAGUCUCAGGUUCCCGAGAACUCUAACGAAGGACAGCUUACGGAUAGACCAGAGAGCAUCAAGUCGACAAUAUCAGGAAAGAGUUGGUACACACUGAGACGCCACGACUCAAAUGGCAGCUUGCGACAACAGGUUAUAUCUAAAGUCAGAGACCGUUUCAAGAGUUCCACUUCGAGGUUUCAUGGAUCCAAGGGACUUUUAGAGGGCGAUUACCCUGCGAUUACUCCUGGGCCUGAGUGUAACUCUGCUCCCGAGAACAUGCGUACAUCUGUUAAUCCAGCCAACGCGAACGAUGGGUCUCCGGAUCAAAGAACUCAAUCGCAUGUCACUGAGAACAGGGUGCUAUUGCCUGAUAUACACGCAUUAGUGCAGGAUGACACUGCAGAUCUCGGAAGUCCAAAGGUAGACUCAGCUGUGUCAGACAUUCAAGAUCAAGCAUCAUUCGAAAGAGAGGCAAACGCGCGAGAAAACUCUUUAAACGACGGAAUAUCAAGGGCAACAAAUGACUUCAGAACUUCGUCAAACUUCAUGGCAUCUAGCAUGUUUGGUCACAUCGAUUCUCCGAGGUUAAUGGACAUCCUGAGGAACAAUGAGUCAACAGGCAAGAUUUCUCAUUCACAUAAACCAACCGAUGCUAUCGAGCAAAGCUUGCUCGAUACAAGGUCCUGGGUCAGUGCUGAUAUUGAGGAGGGCGUGUCAUAUGGUGUCCUAGUUUUCCAAAGACCUGAUAACUGGAUUCAGCUUUCCAUAUUACCGAGAGAUCAUGACGAGGCAACUGUCUUGGAAACUCCACUUCUGCAGGCAAUGGAGAACACACCGUUGUCGUGCCAUUUGAAGUAUCGGAAUAGCGACUCACGAAAUCUAAGGAUCUACUUUUUUACUGCAAAAGAGAAGAUUCUUUCCAUCUGCACGGUAGUGUUCCGUCCGCCCUUUCUAGUUGAGUGGUUUGUCCAGGGCUUUUCACAUACAUCCGGCGGCAUACCACCUCCAUUACCAGGAAUGGGGUUCUUCUGUGAUACAGAUAACAGGACCAUAUCUUACGCGUCAGCCACUGGAUCACUAGUUUCUGCCAGUGAAUCAGAAGCUGGUCAAUGGAGUUUACAAUCUUCCUUGGCCCAGUAUCGCGUCCGUCACGGCGACCAGGUGACGCAAAGGGUCUGGCAUCGGAAACCUAAUGAGGACAAAGGUCCCAGCUUGAGUCUUCGAAUAUAUCGCCAAGGAAACUCGACUACUCAUGAGUUCAUCGGCGUUGACGAUUGGGACCACUCCCUUCAUCGUGCGGAUAAGGUCGAGGACAGCAAGAAAGAAAUACAUUGGCAGGGCUUGACCAUCGAUGAAACGUCCAUUCCAUAUAUACCGAUAAAAGGGUUGAGGUAUCAGAAUCUAAAUGCAUCUCAUGCAGCCAACCGAAGAGAGUCUUCCACUCAAGCGGCAACUCCCGGCAGCUAA